AUGGCGCGGCCUGGCCGAAAGCCUGGUCAGACGCCCGUGCAGGUAAUCUGCAGUCUCUUGCGUGCAGAGUCGGCAGCGCCGCCUCCUCCACCGCCACCAGCGACCUCGGAGGUCAGCCCUGUGGACGAUGGCUACGUUGGUCGGGAAAUGCCCGCCCCGCCCCCACCGGCUUCACAGGAUACCUCGCAGACGCAGCGCGUGAGGACGCUGGUCCAGGAGGUGGAACGACUGCAGGCGCGGAUUACCGAGCUCGAGGAGGAGAAGGCUUCCUCUCCUUCGCCCAUGUUGGCCAAGACCACAGGCGGCGUAGGGGCCUCGAAGCCCUCCUGGCUGGCAGACUCGGGCCGGAACUCCUUGGCAGCAACGCUCCCGUCGCGGCGGGGCUUGGGAGGAAUAGAAGACGACGAGGAUGCCGGUCUCAAGAACCAGCUCAAGGAGGAGCAGCGCAGAUGCAAGCGCUUGGAGCAGCAAGUGCAGCGCCUCACAGAUCGUCUUUCCGAGCAAGGCAGCGCGGGAGGGGUCGGCUCCCUGCCCCACUUCGAGAUGCUGGAGGUCCAGUUGGGUGAGAUUCUGAACCAGGGGGGCUUCAGUGUGGUGCACAAAGGCACCUGGCAUGGCACAAAGGUGGCCGUAAAAAAGCUCUUCGAUCCAAACAUUUCUGCGGAGCUUCUCGCCGAGUUCGACAACGAAGUGCAGAAGCUCGAACUCUUGAGGCACCCGAACAUCCUGAUGGCGUUAGCUGUACAUCGCAAGCCACCAGCACUGUCCCUAAUCAUGGAGAUGGUGGAUGGUGGAUCGUACUACCAACUCCUACAUGCGCCCCAUCAGUUCAAUUCCGCCACGGGCCCGGUGCGCUCCCUCACCUUCAAAGAGAACAUGAGCAUCCUCGAUGCGACGGCCACAGCGAUGGCUUUCCUGCAUGCUCGGGGCAUUGCGCAUCGAGACAUUAAGUCUCACAAUGUGCUCCUCUCCCCGCACCUCGAGGUGAAGCUCUGCGACUUCGGCCUUGCAAAACUGAAGUCGGAGCUGAUGACUGGAAGCAUGCAGUUUGCGGGCACGCCGAACUACAUGGCUCCCGAAGUCUUUCGCAAUGCCAAAUACACGGAGAGCGUGGACGUCUUUGCCUUCGGCACACUUCUUUGGGAGGCGAUGGCCAAUGACAUCCCCUUUGCGAACCUCGAUCCGGCAGAUAUCCGGGAGCGCGUCCUUGAAGGCCAAAUGCUGGAAAUGCCCUCUUUGGCACCCCGAGAAGUGCAACAGCUGAUUCGCAGCUGUUGGACCCUGGACUACAAGGUGCGCCCAACCAUGCCAGAAGUGCUUCAGUCGCUGCGGUCUUGCCGUGAUGCAGACAAGGCUCCCAGGCGGCCGGUAACGGCACAUGGCGUGCGGCCUGGGGCAGGAAGACUGGACUAA